GCGAGGAAAAUAUCUCAUGGGCGAGCACCAUCACCAGCCACGGAGCCACCGCCCUGAAUAGAUUAGGCGCAGACCAUGGAGCGGGGCGGACUGCGACGGGCGGAGGCAGCCGCCGCCGGGCGCGGCCGCCGCUGCUAGUGCACGUACUGCUGCUGGCUGGCCGUAGCUCGCCGGGAACCGAAUUGAUUGGGGGUAUCAGCGUCGGAGCAGAUGGACGAGGAGGCUUCCGCAGAUCCAACAUUCGCCUCGUCCUCCUCCUUCGUCUCCUGCUUCGGUCUCUGCUGAUUUGAACGCUUCGGUGGGAAUCUCUCGUGCGUGGGGCUUGGGUAUGGUGGGCGCCGGCGAGGGGGGUCGCGUUGGCGGCAGCGGCAGCGGCAGCGGUGCCGGGGUUGGGGGAGGACAGUCGUUCGUGGACCGGAGCAAAGUAAGGAUUCUCCUCUGCGACAGCGACCCGGACAGUUCCCGGGAUGUGCUCCGCCUCCUCCGCAACUGCUCGUACCAAGUGACCUGCGCCAAGUCUCCACGGCAGGUGAUCAACGUGCUCAACUGCGAGGGGGCAGAGAUGGACAUCAUCCUGGCAGAGGUCGACCUGCCUGUCUCCAAGUGCUUCAAGAUGCUCAAGUACAUUGCCAGGAACAAGGAACUGCGCCACAUCCCCAUCAUCAUGAUGUCCAACAGAGACGAAGUUUCUGUUGUGGUCAAGUGCUUGCGGCUCGGGGCAGCCGAGUAUCUGGUCAAGCCGCUGCGCAUGAAUGAGCUGUUGAAUCUCUGGACCCAUGUGUGGCGACGAAGACGGAUGCUUGGCUUGGCCGAGAAAAACUUCUUCAUUGACAAUCUUGAGUUGGUGCUGUCGGAUCCUAGUGACGCCAAUACCAAUAGCACCACACUCCUUUCAGAUGAGACAGAUGAUAGGCCAAAAGAAAACACAAAUCAUGAAACAAAUACCUCAAAUCAACAUGAAUAUGAGUCUCCUGUUGCCGAAUUCCCCAAAAGAGACCAAGUGGAGAAUUUACCAGACAUUAUGGAAUAUGACAAUAACGCACCAUAUACGGGGGGGAUGUUUUCACGCCCAAUAAAGACUAAUUUGAGGGUUGGUGAGUCAUCUGCGUUUCUAGCUUAUGUCAAGUCAAGCACUCCAACCGACAGCCAGUUGGAUAGUGAACAACCUAGAGGGUGUGAUCGGUUAGAUUCUAUGGGUCACCAGGGUAAUUUAUCUAGAGCAGCUGACAGAAUUGACACUAAUACCAGUAUAAAUAUUGAGGAUGAAAAAGCUUUUGAGACGCCUAUGCAGUAUCCUGUGGUAUGCUAUUCUUCCUCUAACUCGCAUCAUGAGCGAAGCAAUCAAGUCCAACAUGAUGUCUCGGGAGCUCCUCCUGUAUAUCAUUUCCCAUUUUAUUAUCCAGGGAUGAUAGAGCAUGGCAUGGCACUCCCUCCAGUACAAAAUUUCCAAGGAAACAUAAACAGUGCUCAACCACAUACACCACCAACAUUGCUCCAUCAAUACAAUGUUUAUCCCCAAUCCCAUGGUGUAUCUAUGAUGCCGUCAUUUCAGUAUAAUCAUGCCGGUAUGAGUUUCCAUCAGUCAAGUCAUUUGUCAAUGCAAAAUGUGUGGUCAUCAGUAUCAAGCACGCCGGUUCCCGAUGAAACAUGUAGUCGCUCUGACAGGAGGGCUGCAGCACUUGCCAAAUUCAGGCAGAAAAGGAAGGAACGAUGUUUUGACAAAAAAGUGAGGUAUGUUAAUCGGAAGAAACUUGCUGAAAUAAGGCCAAGGGUGAGAGGGCAGUUUGUUAGGCAGGCAGGCAAUGCAGAUAUAAUUAGCACUGGUGAUGAUAUCUCUGAAGAUGAAGAUGAUCCGUCCUCGAGGGAGGUAGAGAUGGUUUCUUCACCAGAGUAGUGUGAUUGUGAAAGGUCUUAUAUGUGAAAAUUGAGUGCAGAUGAUUAUUGCACACUUCGCAACUCGGUACACAUAGGCAAUGCAUUCUUCCGUACAUGGACCUUGUGGCGUGUCUUAUCAUUAUAACUGUCGACACUUAAGAGAAAUUAUCUUUUGAUAUGUAAGUUGUAGCCAUGCUAGUCAGUGAUGCACAUGGCACCAUGACGAUCCUGAUAAUCAUUGUGUUAUUGCAGAACAACCUUGCAUAUCAGUUUGGUCUUAUGUACUCCCUCGGUUGCAUAA